UGAAACACAAACAACUCCAUCACUCAAAAAAUGAGCACGUGCAACAAUUCGUUUCAAUAUUCGCACCACAUAUAUAAUAUAUUCCACACGUCUAUUCUAUUCUCUUACAAGUUGAACGAACAAACAAGCCUUUUUAUACCAAGUCUUUUAUACCAAGUCUCACCGCUCAUUUCUUUGCAUCCAAAACUUCCAAUGGCAACCAUAUCGCACAUUAUCUCCUCCACCACCUCCACCUUCCCACCACCGCAUAAACCCUCCAUUCUUCCCCAACCGCCUUCAUUUCUCAAGCUCCCCACCACCUCUUCAACUAAAUUCCCCGCCGCCGCCACCACCACCACCAGUAUUACCUCUCAAGUAAAUCUAACAAGAGUCAACGCAAUUCCCUCCACCUCCAACUCCUCCGCCACCACCACCACCACUAAAUUCUACGGUGUUUGUUACGUCGUUCGCGAUGAUGUCGAUACAAAUCAAAUCAUCCCUGCUAAAUACUCUGCUUUGAAUCCUUCAAACCCUGAUGAUUACGAAAAGCUAGGAUCAUGUGCUCUUAGUGGACUUCCUAAUUCGUAUGCUGCUCUUCGUUUUGUUGAGGAAAAUGGGGUGAAGUCAAAGUACUCCAUUAUCAUCGCUGGGAAUAAUUUUGGAUGUGGUUCUUCAAACGAACAUGCGAUUGCUGCUUUAAGUGCGGCGGGAACAAGAGCGGUGGUGGCGGAAUCAUACGGUGGCGUUUUUUUGACGAUCUCGAAUUCGAGUGGGGUGAUUUUGGCGUUGGAAUCGGAGGUUAGGGUUUGUGAGGUGUUCAAAACAGGGGAUGUUGCCACCAUUGAUGUUGGAGAAGGGAUUUUGGUUAAUCGAACUACUGGCAAAGUUUACCAGUUAAAAUCUGUUGCAAACGAAGAUGUUAGUUGAUCUUACUCUUGUAAUUGUAUGGAGGUGUCGAGUUUACCAGAUUCGAUCAUCUUUUUCAUGUUUUAAUUGUUGGUGGAAAUUGGGGGUUGACUUUUGCUUUUGAUAAAAAUGUGGGCAAAUUAAUCUCUGGAAAUUUGAUGAUUGAAUUGGAAUUGUAUUUAGUUUU